AUGAAUUCGUUAAAUGCUAAAUGGAUUAGCUGUGACCACACCUUCAAGGCAGCUGCAAAUAUCGGCUUCGAAAGAAUAGAAGACAGCGCCUGGAUUACGCAGUACACAUCACUCUUUUGCAUAAUAAAUGAGAAAGGACAAGUAAUAAGGUGGUCGUUCGCUAUGUCAGAGAGUUUUGAUGAGGUAAAACCUCUUUUUGAAGCUCUCUCGUUAGACUUCAAAAAUCGAGGGGUAAAACUGUCAGGAAUAUACAUAGACAAUUGCUGCAAGUGGCGCCACCUGCUCACGUUAUAUUUCCCAAACGUACCCGUCAAGUUGGAUUUGUUUCACGCCAUACAAAGAAUUACAAAAAAGGUGUCAAAA